AUGUCUUGCUACGAGCAGUGCAAACAGCCCUGCCUGCCCCCUCCCAUUUGUGUGCAGAAAUGCACCAAGUGCGUGGAGCCCUGCAAGACGGUGUGCGUGGAGCCCUGCGGCACCGUCUGCGUGAAGCCGUGCUCCACGCCGUGCGUGGAGGUCUGCCCAGCGCCCUGUGCCACCCAGUGCACCACAUCCUGCACCACCCAGUGCGUGGAGCCUUGUGCCACCCAGUGCACCACAUCCUGCACCACCCAGUGCGUGGAGCCCUGCAGCACCCAGUGCGUGGAGGUCUGCCCCCCUAAGUGCAUCGACGUCUGCAUAAAGCCAUGUGCCCCUCAGUGCCCAACCCAGUGCACCACCCAGUGCGUGGAGCCCUGUGUCACCCCGUGCGUGGAGCCCUGUGUCACCCAGUGCUGCACCAAAUGCGUGGAGCCCUGCCCACCCCCAUGCGUGGAGGUGUGUGCCACCAAGUGCGUUGAUUCAUGCGAGACGGUGUGCCUGGAGCCGUGCAGCACGGUCUGCUCUCACCCGUGCUGA